UUGUUUGUGGUGAAAGCAUGGAUGGAACGUGUGGAAUUUGUAAGCAAAAUGAUCGGAAAUAUAAAUGCAAAACCUGCAAUAUUCCCUACUGUUCUGUAAUAUGCUACAAAACACAUCAGGAACAACCAUGUGAACCAGCAGCCCUUCCAGGUGAGGUACAGGCAACAUUCCGAGAAGAUCGUGUCCCAAAAAAAACGAUCCUUUUCCCAACCGUUGACACCGUGCCACAAGGAAAACUUGAGCUACUCGGACAAAGCGAACAACUGAAAAAUCUGCUGCAAAAUCCUCAUCUGAGGCGUUUACUGAAAGAAGUUGAUAACGGUCGCGAUGGUAUGAACGCCAUACGCGUGGCAAUGAUGGAACCGCUUUUCGUGGAGUUUGCCGACGAGUGUCUGCGAAUAGUUGAACCGCCUGAAAACGAAACUCAGCCAGUAGAUCUUAACGAACUGGUGUUCACAAAUCUUCAACACCGAAGAUAGUUGUUGCCUCGAUCAAGAAGUACCUCAUAAGAAAUAUUACAUAAGGCAUAAACAAUAUACAAACACAAGAGGUUGUAUUACAAAGGUA